CAAUUUGUCUUAUGUAUCUGCUUAAUGUGAGAAUUUGUUAAGAAAAUUUUACUUUCAAUUUGAAUUUUAUCGGUUUAUUGAUUUUCGGUUUCGGGUUUGGUUUGGUUCGGUUUGAAGAAACAAAUCCCAUACGCAUUAGCAACGGCUAUUUCUUUUGUCUCUAACCAAACUAUCAAAAUUUGGGAUUAGACGAGAAACAAGAAAACAGAAAUUGCGGUAAUGACUCUUCUUCAUCUGACAUCAUCGCAUCUCAAUGGGUUUCAUUUUCUUAAUCCACAACAAAGUUCGAAACUUUCAUCAAUAUCUCGAUUCUCUGUGUCGAUUUCACAUCGAAACCAGUUCCAAAGUUUGGUUAUUUGUGCAAAGAAGAGGAAAAAAAGAGUUGGGUAUCGAAGAAUCACGAGGUUUUUGUUCAAUUCAAUGUCUUUACUGCCACCUAAUCUCCAGAUUUUAACACAGCCGUUGGAUCUUGUUAUUGCUGAUUUGGGCGGCGUAGAUGGAGGAGGAGGAAGAGGAGGAGGGUUAGGAUUUUGGAGAGGAUGGGGAAGAUUUGAUGGAUGGAGAAGGAAAAAGAACAGAGUACCAGUUUUGGUUUUUGUUUGUGUGAUUCUAUGGAUUUAUGGUUUCUGCAAAAUCUCUGGGAUAGAGAUUAAGAGUGAAUUGGUUUUGAAACUUUUGGGGCUUUGUUUCUUUGGUGUCACUAUGGUUAGAGAGUUGAAGAGAGAGGCUAGAUUUUUGGUUUUUGGGUUUCUCUGUUUUGUUGCUUCAUUGGUUUUUGGAUUCAAGAAAGAGCAUUUGGUGAAAUUAGCUUGGAGAGUUAGAUCUUCUUCUUCUUCAGUUCUUCUUUGUAGAAGGAGAAGUCGUAGAAGAGUUUGAUUAGAGAGGAAGAUUAUUGAUUCUGCUG